CCAUGGGCGCAAGCUAGAAUCCAUCCUUCAUACUCAUCUGCUUGUUUUAGAUCAUUUCCCUCCUUGUUCACGGGCUCAAUUUAGGGUUUACAUCUGAGUUUUACUUUCUACUUAUCAAAUUCUUGGUUCUUUUAGCGGAGGGUAGAGAGCGGCCUCUCUAACCGGAACAAAUUUCACAACACUGGCUCGCGAUUCGCAAAGUCGCAAGGCAGAAGUCGCGACUUUUGUUUCCAUAGACUGAUAACUGUUCGUUUGCCGGUUAACUAGUGCGCCAAGUUAACCGAGGAAGAGGAGAAACAGUUGGAACUUGGGAAGGACGGACGUUGGGGUUAGGGAAAUGGCAGGAGCGGGGCCAUGUGUGUUCUGUCAGAUUGCUUCUUCUUCCACCUCUACCCAACUCCUCCACUCUGAUGAGAAGGUUGUCGCAUUUCAAGAUAUCAACCCUUCCGCGUUCAAGCAUUAUCUUGUCAUUCCUGUGGAGCACAUUUCAACAGUCAAAGACCUCCAAAGGAGAAUGGCAGAUUAUCAAUUGGUGAGCCAUAUGUUGUAUGUGGGACAAACUCUACUACAUAGAGAUGCUCCAGACUCCAAGCAGCAUAGAUCAUGGAUGAUCAUGUGGGGAGGCAUGACUUGGUUUCAUGCAAUGCAAUGAAUAAAAUAAUGCUUCAAAGGAGUCUCCCAGAUCCAAACAAUACAGAGUUGACACACUGAAAGAAUGGAUCAGCAAGUUGGGGAAAAAAGGCUGAUAGUUUCACACAUGGAGUUCGUGGAUGAGAUUCCUUCAGAUGGAAAUAAACCCUCUAAAUGUAUUGUGUGGAGGGACCUCCCUGUUUUUUGCCUUGUUUUUCUUAUUUGUUGGAAUCAUAAUUGGAUAUUGUAUUCCCCACUGAAUCUUCUAUGUAACACUUGACGAUGUAAGUUUAUGAAUUAGUAACUUAUUUCAAUGAGAUUUACCUUUUUAUUAA